AUGGCCCUUCCUAUUCCUACUGGGCACAAUCUCGAUGUGCUCGAGCAGCGUCGCCUCGCGCUCAAAGAAAACAUCUUCCAACUUCAAAAAUCGCUGUACCACUGGCGCACCUGGGAAGCAGAAUAUGAUGGAUUACGCGACGAAAUCAAAAACCUUCCCGAUGACGCCACCACCGAUGACUUCCUGGCCGUGGGACACGACUUUCAUGGCUCCUUGGUGACCGAGGAGGAAAUGCAGACCAUUUUUGGGACUCAAGGCGCAACUCGGUCAAACCAACAAGUCGUGAGCCUUCUUGGACGGCGCAUCGAUUAUGUGAAGCAGAACGUGACGACCAUGGAGAAGAGGCUUCGUGCCACGGAGGACGAGCUCGUGACGCUGGAUACGAGCGAGAAACCGUCGGUUGAAAAUAACUCCGACUUUCCCAUGAGAGAGAUCAUGGAAGAGUUGGAUGAGGAUGGAGGGGUUAUUUCUGGUUCGGUGAACACCCCUGGCGAUCAGGCCCCACAACUUUUGGAGGUUUUGAAGAAGGCUGGCGUGGAAAAUAUUCCCAAUCAGUCAGGAUCAGGCAAAGAUACCAGCGAGGGUACCUCACCUGCACCCCAAAUGAAGCUGGGCAAUACCAAUACAAGAAUCGCCAAAUCCCAGUCUAUGGGAGCCUCGAACAGUCCCACCCCCGAACCAAAAGCCAACGAUUCUACUCGGGCAGAGGAACUUGACAUCCCAGAGCCGGUGUCUAUUGUGACAGACGAGGAUCGCAAACAACCGCCAGUUACCGACAUUGAUGAGUCGUUGGAAGAAGCUCAAUUGCGCCGGGAAAUGUUCCAGUAUGGCAUUGACGAAGUGGGUGCGAUCGUUGCUGAGUUGGAGUUGGACGAAGACGGAAGCGAUGUAUCCUAUGACGAAGACUACGCAUGGGCUACAGAUGAAGAGGGCGAGGCGGAAGAUGAGUUUGGUCGGUCGCGGACUGAAUUAAGCGAGGAAUAUCACAAACAAAUGCGGGAGCUGGAGACAAAGCUGAAUGCUCGCGGCAUGUGGAAUGUGGGCAAGGACUCGCAGACCUUCGCGAGCGAAGUGCAAGAGGAAGUCCAAGCGACAAUCGCGGUAGAGCCAGCACCUCUCGACAAUGUCGCUGAGACUUCCAAGGCACCAACAAAGCCGAAAAAGCGAGUCGCAUUCGCCGACGACCUCGACAUCGCUCCUGCACCCAAGGCUCCGCAGAUCGAGCAGAUUCCAACUGCAGAAAGGCGAAUUCUCCCACCAAAGUCCGAUGUGACCGUACUGUCAGACGCCAUUGUUGAACGUACUAGCGCAGACCGUGGCAAGGAUUCUCAACUGGAUACUCAGGCUGGCGCCCGCUCUCGAAAGGCUUCUCGUUUCAAGAGUACCCGCUCAAGCACUCUGGCUGCGGAGCCCACAGCUAAACCCGUACCUUCGCAUGUGAACGAACCGCACUUCACAGACUCCCAUUCCCACCGAAAGCAAGCCAAUGCUGUUCCAUCGAUAUCUACACCUGCCCUCUUCCCUGCCACCCCCCAGGCACCCAAACCAUUCUCCACUCCGAUCCAAGAAAUCUUUGAAAGGCCGUCUGCCCCUCAACCACCGCAAGGGAAGACUUUGGCAGACACACUUUUUGAGCGAGAAAUAUCUCCGGGAAAUGCCCCGGCUCCCGAACUCGAUGAAUUAGACGAGGAAAUCCAUCGCCGUGAGAUUGCCAGUGAAUUUUACAAAAUGCGGAACCAGAUGAUUCAGCAGAAUGGUGGCUUUGUGAACAACGAAGAACCUGAAAUGAUUCCAAUCGACACUGAAGAACAACCAAAGCGGAUGAGCAAGUUCAGAGCUGCUCGCAUGAAUCAAUAA